CUCAACGUCAACCAUCUCCAUCCGUUCUCGUAUCCCCGUUGGGAAAGCCUCUUUUUUUUUUUUCUUCCCUCUCUCUACCACAGCCUCCCAACGCCACAGAAAUUACCAGACUAUUGCAUUACGCGGCCGUAUCCAUACCGACAUUACUUUCGAUUGCUCUGGAAACCUCUUUGCUUUUUUUCUUUUCCCGUUGACACCGCUGCUUUCGAGACAGAGCUUGACCUCAGUUGCGAUUGCAUUGCCAUACUCGACGCCAAGAACUCGACAUCUCGACAGUUCUCACCCCGAACCGUCGGUUCUACUCUACUUCUCAAAACCCCGCUCCCAUCUACAGCUGUGGCCAUAGGUCGCCGCAGAAUGUCUAGGCGGAGCAGCACGAUGGCGUCGAACUCGAACGGAAACAUCCCCAAGGACAUCCAGUCCUCCAACCCAGCAAUGGACAAGCAAAAGAUGCUUCUGUCUGCCGAUGUUGGACACUUCUCCCUUGUGCGCGCCAUGCACCUUGCCGACUUGAUCACCCUUCUGAACGGUGGCUGCGGUGUCAUGUCCAUCUUCACGUCGCUACGAUACUGCCUCGGUGACCCCAACGUACACGACAGCAUCUGGCUUGCGCUCGCCUUCCUUCCGUUCGGCCUGUUCUUUGACUUUCUCGAUGGAAAGGUGGCUCGCUGGAGGAAGAAGAGCAGCUUGAUGGGCCAGGAGUUGGACUCUCUCGCUGAUUUGAUCUCCUUCGGUGUCGCCCCAGCUAUGGUGGCCUUUACUCUUGGCUUCCGUACUGUUGCCGACACGGUCGGCCUCACCUUUUUCGUUCUGUGCGGUCUCACCCGUCUUGCGCGCUUCAACGUGACCGUCGCUGUCCUGCCCAAGGACGCCUCGGGCAAGAGCCAAUAUUUUGAGGGAACCCCCAUCCCUACCUCGCUUGGCAUGGAUGCCAUCAUGGGGUACUGGCUCUCGCAGGGCUGGAUCCAUGACAACCUGCCUUUCGGCACCUGGUUCCAGGGCUCUGCUCUUGAGUUCCAUCCUGCCGUCAUUCUGUUCAUGAUCCAUGGCUGCCUCAUGACCAGCAAGACGAUCCGCAUACCCAAGCCCUAAAGGAUGGUCAAAGAGACCGUUCAACACGGGAUAACAGCGAUGACAUCAUUACGAGAUAGGAAUAAGCGGGAAGGGUGGGAAUGGGUGGAGCAACGGGGUGAACAUUUUCAUUUCUGGCUUUGGGAAUCCUAUCAUGACUAUGGUCCAUGAUUAGGGAGAAACAGAGGCAAAUCGGAUACGGAAAGGAUAAAAACAGAAAAGCGGAGGAAACAAGGGGGAACAAACAUGAUAUCUCAUGAGACUGAGCGAUAUACUUGGACAGGGCAUGACUAACGCUUCUCAUUGAACAAAGGUAGUUAAAGAUACCCAUACAUUCCUUGAUCUG